UCUCUUCUUCAUAUAUUUCCCCAUUGUUAUCACUGAGCCAGUUCGCUCUGACUCAGUAUUACCAGUAAGACACAGAGCAUUAGGUGACGAGCCAACAGGACUCUGCCUACUUGCUCAAUUCCAGGGAUAAACACAUAGCCGCUUCCAGCUUCGAAAAUCCCAUUUUUCUUUGUUAUUUUACUCAACAAAACACAACCCAAAUCCCCCCCUCUCUCUUCCUCCCACCAAUUACUUAAACAAAUUUAUCUCUGUCCCCUUUCCCUCUCUAAAAACCUCACGUGAAAUGUUGAUAUUUUAGUGUUGCCUCUUGUUUUCUUUAUUCCAAGUUGCGGUCUUGAAAGUAACCGUCAUCAAAUCUCUUUGUUUCUUUUCGUCUUCGUGCUUGUUCUUGAGAGCCUGUUGGUUGUUCAACUACUGCCUCUAUACACCCAUAGGCCGUAGGUCAUAAAAGGAAAUAGCUUUUUUGUAUUUUUAUACUAGAUUAAAGUCAAUGAAUUUUUUGCAUCUUUGGAUGGAUUUGUAUAUGGGAAGCUUUUCUUGCUAAUGGGUGUUCGUUAAAUUCCUCAAUAAUGGAUCUUGAAGGUGGAUUUUUUCAAAACCAUGCCAAGAGGAAGGAAUCAUGGAGAACAGUAUUGACUUUAGCGUUUCAAAGCCUUGGUGUUGUCUAUGGAGAUUUGAGCACUUCUCCUCUAUAUGUGUUCAAAAGCACAUUUAAUAUAAACAUUCAAAACUCAGUGACCAAUGAAGAAAUCUUUGGCAUCUUGUCUUUCGUCUUUUGGACUAUCACUUUGGUGCCUCUGCUGAAAUAUGUGUUUAUAGUACUCAAAGCAGAUGACAAUGGUGAAGGAGGCACUUUUGCUUUGUAUUCAUUGCUGUGUCGACACACCGGAGUCAACUCACUUCCAAAUUGCCAAUCGGCAGACGAGGACCUGACCGAGUACCAUAAGGAUGCUAUCAAUUUGUCACUAAAAUCGAGUUCUGGGUCAAGGCUGAAACCUAUCUUUGAGAAGCACAGAGUGUUAAAUAGGUUUCUGCUUGUUCUAGCCUUGAUUGGGACUUGCAUGGUCAUUGGUGAUGGUAUCCUCACACCGGCUCUCUCGGUUUCCUCAGCGGUAUCAGGGCUUGAGUUUUGGGUGUCAAAGGAGCAUCACAAAUAUUUAGAAAUUCCAGUCGUAUGCAUCAUACUGAUUGGCUUGUUUGCCCUUCAACAUUACGGCACGCACAGGGUUGGAUUCUUGUUUGCACCUGUGGUCCUCACAUGGCUCCUUUGUAUCAGUUCUAUUGGCGUAUAUAAUAUUUUUUAUUGGAACCCUCAUGUGUAUAGGGCACUUUCUCCAUAUUACAUGUACAAAUUUUUGAAGAAAACUCAGAGAGAAGGUUGGAUGUCCCUGUGUGGGAUUUUGUUAUGUAUAACUGGCUCAGAAGCUAUGUUUGCUGAUCUUGGACAUUUCUCGCAAUUGUCAAUAAAGGUUGCUUUCACCUCUUUGGUCUAUCCAUCCCUGAUUCUUGCAUAUAUGGGGCAAGCUGCCUAUCUAUCUCAGCAUCAUAAUCUUGAAAGUGAUUACCAAAUUGGAUUUUAUGUAUCUGUACCUGAGAAUUUAAGAUGGCCAGUCCUGGUUAUAGCUAUACUUGCUGCAGUAGUAGGAAGUCAGGCCAUCAUAACUGGAACUUUCUCAAUCAUCAAGCAGUGCUCUGCCCUGAAUUGCUUCCCAAGAGUCAAAAUAAUCCACACAUCAUCUAAAAUCCAUGGUCAGAUCUAUAUCCCAGAAAUAAACUGGAUUUUGAUGCUGUUAUGCUUGGCUGUUACUGUUGGCUUUAGAGACACAAGAAGCUUGGGCCAUGCAUCAGGUUUGGCCGUUAUAACUGUUAUGCUGGUCACAACUUGUCUGAUGUCUCUUGUAAUUGUGUUGUGCUGGCGCAAGAGCAUCUUCUUUGCACUAUGCUUCAUGUUCUUUUUCGGAACAAUUGAAGCUCUCUACUUCUCAGCUUCCCUCAGCAAGUUCCUUGAAGGGGCCUGGGUCCCAAUUGCACUUGCUCUUAUCUUCCUGAUAGUCAUGUGUGUCUGGCAUUAUGGCACCCUAAAGAAGUAUGAGUUUGACGUGCAAAAUAAAGUCUCCAUCAACUGGUUACUGAGCUUGGGUCCUAGUUUAGGCAUAGUACGGGUUCCUGGUAUUGGGGUCAUACACACCGAGCUUGUCAGUGGCAUCCCAGCAAUCUUCUCACAUACUGUCACCAACCUUCCAGCUUUCCACCAGGUCCUUGUCUUCCUCUGCAUCAAAUCUGUUCCUGUUCCACAUGUUGGACCUGAGGAAAGGUUUCUAGUGGGUCGUAUUGGCCCACGAGAAUUCAGGCUUUACAGGUGCAUAGUACGAUAUGGAUAUCGUGACAUUCACAGAGAUGACUCAGAAUUUGAGAAGGAUCUUUUUUGCAGCAUAGCGGAGUUCAUACGGUCAGGAACCUCUGAUGAUCUUGUCAAGGAUGAUAACAAAAUGACAGUAGUUGGAACAUGUUCUACCCAUGCAGAAGGGAUUCAACUAAAUGAGGACGAAGCAGACAGCUUAGACUCAGCUGGCCCAUCAGAGCUGAAGGAGAUCCUUUCACCCCCAGCAAUCCAGCCAAGGAAAAAAGUAAGAUUCAUCAUACCAGCGAGUCCAAAGAUAGAGUCUAGUGCUAGAGAGGAGUUGCAGGAACUAAUGGAAGCUAGGGAAGCCGGGAUGGCAUACAUACUAGGACACUCAUAUAUGAGAGCGAAGCAAGGAUCUAGCCUGAUAAAGAAGGUUGUCAUAAAUUCUGUGUUUGAGUUCUUGAGAAGAAACAGCAGGUCACCUGCCUAUGAACUGACUGCACCCCAUGCAUCUACUUUGGAGGUCGGGAUGGUCUACCAUGUUUGAUUUUAGCAUAAUAUAAAUGUUACAUGUAAAAAUGCUGUGAUCUUGUGUCAUAGAUCGAAAAAAGUCAUCUAGCAAACUUGGGCAUUGAUUAUUACUUUCAGUAAGGUCAAGAAAAGGUGUUUGAAUUACCUAGAGAUGGAGAAGGUCGGUCUUGGUCACCACCCCAUGUUUCUAGUCAUGGGAAUUGAGACGUGUGAGUGUUUGAAUGGGCCUUUUAUUGACUAACCAGUGGCCCAAUUUCUAAAAUGUGGCCUCAUUCACUGAGGUGGGCUAAGCCUAAAGGUUGAAAGAAUGAGUGUGAACUUAGCUACUGCAUUCCAUGGUCCGUACUCCAUCUUUUU